AGAGAGGUGCAGUUGAGAGAGACGGCCUCUUAGAGCUGUGAGGCAGAAGUGAUGGAUUCAGCCCACAGAAAAGUGACAGUCUUCUCCUAACGGGCCACAGGCAACACAUGCUGCCCUGGACUCUCACCACUCACCAGGAAACUAUCUCCACCAUCCGACUUAAGUUACCACUUGUCCCCUGAAAGGGCUCCAACUUCUUUCCGUCGGAUUUUUGGAACAACCUUCUCAAGGUUUGCUGAAGAGUUCCCGGCUGUCUUGUAAUAAUACGCUUUAGAAACACCCCCACGGCUGGAAUGGAUGGAGGUGACAGAGAGUAACUAUACAGGCAGAACGCAGGAGGAGGAGGAGGAGGAGGACGCAGGGCUGCAGCUUUCUCACUUGGGAUGACUUUCUACCGGGAAGAACUUCAAUCAGCUCUGCCGGGAGGGAAAGGCAUCUGAGGGAGCCUCAUUGAUACCCUGCAAGCAUCUGUGUCGCUUUGGUGGUUUGGUUGGGACACAUGGAGCCCCCUUCAAUGGUCCUGCUGUUGCUCAUUCUCGUUUAUGGACUAGCCUGUACUGCCCAGCGGGCUCAUGGGGGUCCGUCAGACAGCAGCCGCGGCAGGGGGGACAGGACCCAAGAAUUUCAGAGCAGCGAGGAUGAUUUGGAGAGAGAGUUUCUCUACGCUCCGAGGACCAAGCGUGCUCCAGCUGACCAGCCGCAGGACAAGUGCUCCUACACUUUCAUUGUGCCGCAACAAAAAGUGACCGGAGCCAUCUGCGUCAACUCCAAGGAGCCGGAGGCCAUGCUGGAGAAUCGGGUCAACAAACAGGAGUUGGAGCUGCUGAAUGUGGAGCUGCAGAGACAGAAGAGGCAGAUCGAGACCCUGCAGCAGCUGGUGGAGGUGGACGGAGGUAUUGUGAAUGAGGUCAAGCUUCUGAGGAAGGAGAGCCGAAACAUGAACUCCAGAGUCACUCAGCUAUACAUGCAGCUGCUCCACGAGAUCAUCAGGAAGAGAGACAAUGCCCUGGAGUUGGCUCAGAUGGAGAACAAGAUCCUGAACCAAACCUCUGAGAUGCAGCAGCUCACCAGCCGAUACAAGGAUCUCGAGCACAAGUACACGCACUUGGCUUCUCUGGCCACCAACCAAUCGAGUCUCAUCGCUCUGCUGGAGCAGCAGUGCCAGAGUCGCCCCCCACCUCGCCCUGUGCCGGUGCCCCAGCCGAGGUCUCAACCGCCUCCGCCGUCACCGCCUCUCAACAGGCCUUACCAGCCGCCCGUCCUUCCACGAGUCACCAAGCCAAUCAGCAACGAGAUCCAGAGUGACCAGAAAUCCGUUCUGCCCCUCCCCACGAUGCCCACGGGCACACACGGCCCCUCCACCACUGACAAGCCCUCUGGGCCGUUUAAGGAUUGUCUGCAGGCUCUGGAAGAUGGCCACACUUCCAGCGGCAUGUACCUGGUGAAGCCAGAGAAUGCCAACCGCCUCAUGCAGGUGUGGUGUGACCAGAGACACGACCCGGGUGGCUGGACUGUGAUUCAGAGGAGGGUGGAUGGCUCCGUCAACUUUUUCCGAAACUGGGAGACGUACAAGCAAGGUUUUGGCAAUAUUGAUGGCGAGUACUGGCUUGGUCUGGAGAACAUCUACUGGUUGACCAACCAGGGAAACUACAAGUUACUGGUCACGCUGGAGGACUGGUCCGGCAGGAAGGUGUUUGCAGAGUAUGCCAGCUUCAGAGUGGAGCCUGAGAUCGACUUCUACAAGCUGAGGGUGGGCCGUUACCAUGGCAACGCUGGAGACUCCCUCACCUGGCAUAAUGGCAAACAGUUCACAACACUGGACAGAGACCAUGAUGCAUAUACAGGCAAUUGUGCCCACUACCAAAAAGGAGGCUGGUGGUACAACUCUUGUGCGCAUUCAAAUUUGAAUGGAGUUUGGUACCGAGGAGGACACUACCGCAGCCGCUACCAAGAUGGAGUCUACUGGGCCGAGUUCAGGGGAGGAGCCUAUUCACUAAAGAAAGUGGUCAUGAUGAUCCGUCCAAACCCAAACACCUUCCACUGAGCAUCAAAGGAACACAAACUGCACCGUGUCUCGAAUGAAAGCCCCACUUUGCCACCUCCUUCUGUAAGGGGCACGACACCAAGUCGGACAAAGUGCAAUAUCGAGACGGGCUGAUAUACCAGCACCUCCUGCACUUUGUGUACCGUUAUACAGUUGUGUGUACCUUUUGUCCCGUUUACGUGUGUAUGACCCAGUAGAGACGUGUUCCGAUUGCUCAGGAGUUUUUUUUUAUUUUUAAUACACUGUCUUUGAUCAAAGAAAAACCCGUUUGGUUGACAGUGUUCUCAUUUGACCCGAGUGAGAAAAACCAUAAGAACUUAAUAGGACAUCAGAGGAAAGCCCUGCAAUAUAUAUUAAGUAUGUAUGUAAAGAUGCUUUUGCAAAUGAGGUUGACACAGGAAUCAUAUCCGGUGACUUUUAAUUUCAUUCUAAACACAAAAUAUGUAAUUUAACAGUGACAUUUAUUGACGUGUAAUACAGGGUAAUAACACCUUAAUAUGCUAUUAAAACAGUACUAUUUUCUUUUCUAACAGGAAAACCCAAUUGGUAACAGCAAUACCUGAAGCUAAACAGUUUGCUCAUAUACAAAUAACCAAAAUCUACUCCAUCAACAUUUGAGGAGGUUCACUUUCAAACUUGUUUUAUAAUCUUGAAAUGUCUUCACCAGGUAUCCACCAAUCUGCUUGUAUGGAUCAAGCACUGUAUUUACUGUAUAAAUUUAGUCGUUUGUUGAUGUCUAUAGAUCCAACACAUUGCGUUUGUACAUAGCAGAUAUUUGUAAUAUAAUGUAUUAAAACCUUAUUACAUUGCAAUAAAAUAUGUACAGCUUG